GGCAGCAGGGAGCUGGGAAGCAAGAAGCCGGGAGCGCGGGGCUCAGUCGGGGGGCGGCGGCGGCGGCGGCUCCGGGAAUGGCGGCGGCUCCACUGCUGCUGCUGCUGCUGCUUGUGCCCGUGCCGCUGCUGCCGCUGCUGGCCCAAGGGCCCGGGGGGGCGCUGGGAAAUCGGCAUGCGGUGUACUGGAACAGCUCCAACCAGCACCUGCGGCGAGAGGGCUACACGGUGCAGGUGAAUGUGAACGAUUAUCUGGAUAUUUACUGCCCGCACUACAACAGCUCAGGGGUGGGCCCGGGGGCGGGGCCAGGGCCCGGAGGCGGGGCGGAGCAGUACGUGCUGUAUAUGGUGAGCCGGGCAGGCUACCACACCUGCAACGCCACCCAAGGCUUCAAGCGCUGGGAGUGCAACCGACCGCACGCUCCCCACAGCCCCAUCAAGUUCUCGGAGAAGUUCCAGCGCUACAGCGCCUUCUCUCUGGGCUACGAGUUCCACGCGGGCCACGAGUACUACUACAUCUCCACGCCCACCCACAAUCUGCACUGGAAGUGUCUGAGGAUGAAGGUGUUCGUCUGCUGCGCCUCCACAUCGCACUCCGGGGAGAAGCCGGUCCCCACUCUCCCCCAGUUCACCAUGGGCCCCAAUGUGAAGAUCAACGUGCUGGAAGACUUUGAGGGAGAGAACCCCCAGGUGCCCAAGCUUGAGAAGAGCAUCAGCGGGACCAGCCCCAAGCAGGAACACCUGCCCCUGGCAGUGGGCAUCGCCUUCUUCCUUAUGACACUCUUGGCCUCCUAGCUCUGCCCACUCCCUUGGCGGGGAGAGGUGGAGUGGGGCUGGGACAGAGCAGGGAGGCUUUGGCCUCUCCAAGGGAAGCCUAGCCUUGGGGCCUAGACCCCUCCUCCGAUGGCUGGAACUGGGGUCUGCACCAUACAUCUGUGCCCACCCCUUCUGCCCCCUCCCCACCAAGUAGGGCACUGUAGUGGACCAGGCGCAGGGACAGCCAAGGGUUCCAAGUGGCCUUGUGGCUCUGGUAAUGUUUGGUACCAAACCCGGGGGGCCAUAAGGGGCAGUGCUCAGGACUCCCUGCCCCCUGGUACCUUUCUCUGACCCCUGGUGCCCUCCCCCCUUGAGAGAGACAAAUGUGCCCCAGAGAGAGCAAAUCGAAGUGUGGGAGACACCCCCAAUCACUCUUUUCCAGGGGCAGAACAUGGGGAGGGGACUGGAUGGGCGAGGGGGUGGCACCGCCUGCUGCCCCCUUCCCCUGUUUACAGCAAUAAGCACGUCCUCCUCCCCCUACUCCCACUCCCAGGAUUGUGGUUUGGAUUGAAUCCAAGUUUACAAGUAGACACCCCUGGGGGGGCCGGCAGUGGACAAGGGUGACAAGGGGUGGGCAUUGGGGUGCCAGGCAGGCAUGUACAGACUCUAUAUCUCUAUAUAUAAUGUACAGAUGGACAGAGUCCCUCCCCCUCCUUAACCCCCUGACCUUCCUUGACAACCCCUUCCAGCUUCAGACCCCUUCCCCACCAGGCUAGGCCCCCCACUGGGGGACCACCUGGCCCCUCUUUUGUCUUCUGUGAAGACAGGACCUAUGCAACGCACAGACACUUUUGGAGACCGUGAGACAACAACGCCCCCUCCCCUCCAGCCCUGAGCGGGGACCCAGCUCCCAGGACCUUGCCCUGCCCAUCCUCUGUGGUCCCCACCCAUUCUCCUGGGCCUUUUUCAAGUGCUUUGGCUGUGACUUUCAUACUCUGCUCUUAGUCUAAAAAAAUAAA